AUUAAUUUCAGGAGACAUGGAUGAAGGGGAUUCAGGCUUUAUCAAAUUUAAGCAGACUUCAGAUGACGUUGUCUCACUUGCACCUUCAACAGCAGACACCAUUUUUCUGGAAGAUGCAUAUUCUGUAUCCCUCCGAAGUGAAAUAGAAACAGAUGCUCACGAGUUUGAGGCAGAGUCUUGGAGCGUUGCAGUGGAACAGUCUUAUGCAAAAAGGCAAAGGCCAGAUGUUAAGAACAGGCAAGAUGUCAUUUAUGAACUAAUGCAGACUGAAAUGCACCAUGUUAGGACACUGAAAAUAAUGCUGAAGGUAUACUCCAAAGCCAUGAGAGAGGAACUGCAGUUCCCAAAUGCAGUCAUCAACAAGCUCUUCCCCUGUGUGGAUGAGCUGCUGGAGAUGCAUGGGCAAUUUCUGCUCCAGUUAAAGGAGAGACGGAAGGAAUCCUUGGAAGAAGGCAGUGACCGAAAUUAUCUAAUCCAGAACAUUGGAGACCUCUUGGUAAAACAGUUUUCAGGUGAAAAUGGGGAGAGAAUGAAGGAAAAAUACGGUGUGUUCUGUUGUGGACACAAUGAAGCUGUUAGUCACUAUAAAGACCUGCUCCAAAGCAAUAAGAAGUUCCAAACCUUAAUAAAGAAAAUUGGGAACUCUUCCAUCGUGAGGAGACUUGGUGUUCAGGAGUGUAUCCUUCUGGUAACCCAGCGCAUCACCAAAUACCCAGUCUUGGUGGAACGCAUUAUUCAGAAUACAGAAGCUGGAACUAGAGAUUACGAAGAGCUGACCCAGGCCCUUAGUUUAAUUAAGGACACAAUCACUCAUGUAGAUGCCACAGUAAAUGAGUGUGAGAAGGGGCAACGCCUUAAAGAGAUUAUGCAUAAAAUGGAGCUAAAAUCAUCAGGGAAAUGCAAGAAUGGGCUUUUCUUCCGGAAGGAUGACAUGGGACAGAGGCGGCUUCUGCUGGAUGGGAUGCUGUACUGGAAAGCUGCAUCAGGGAGACUCAAAGAUAUUCUGGCAGUCCUGUUAACUGAUGUACUAUUGCUCUUACAAGAAAAGGACCAAAAAUACACAUUUGCAUCAGUGGACUCUAAACCGCCAGUUAUCUCGUUGCAAAAGCUAAUUGUAAGAGAGGUAGCAAAUGAGGAAAAGGCCAUGUUCUUAAUUAGUGCUUCCUUAAAAGGACCAGAAAUGUAUGAAAUUCACACCAGCUCGAAAGAGGAGAGGAAUUCCUGGAUGGCACACAUCCGCAGAGCUGUGGAAAGCUGUCCUGACGAAGAAGGAGGAACAUUUAAUGAACCUGAAGCAGAGAGGAGGGUGGCUGAAGCAAGAGCUGCUAAGUUAAAAGAUUUUCAAGAGCGUUUGAACAUGAAAGAUGACCUGAUUGUGCAAAGUCUAACUGAGAAGCAACAGAUUUAUCUAGAAAUGUCUGAAAUGAUGGGCUUUGAAGACCAUUCCCAAGCAUCCCGAUCUAGGCUACUGUUUCGGGGGGAUAUCCCAGAAAAUCUGCAAGGAGAGGCGAUUUUGAAGUCAGCAGUGACAGAAGCUGAAGAUCUCCAGAACCUUAUCUUCAGUCACUUAGGCAAUGGAUCCUGUCAGCCUGAGGAUGGCUCUGGGCCAGGGCUCCCCAGGAGAGCAGAGACCUUUGGAGGAUAUGACAGUAGUCCCUCAAUCUCAACUAAAAGUGGUAAUUUUAGGAAGAACAGUGGUGGUGACCAGAGGCAGUGGGACUGGAGAGGCUCUGCAGUGAGCUCAGACGCGCAACUCCAUGACCUCCCUUCUGAUGCAGAAGAAGCAUCUCAAGCUGGUGAUGUAACAAGGCUGGAUGACAGCAGUGGCUUUCAGCCCACCAUAGAGUCUCAGCUUGUCCAAAGGAUACAAACACUGUUACAGCUGCUCUUCAGUCUUCAGGCAGUGAUAUCUCAGCAGGACAGCUACCUCGAGAUGCAACGAGCCGCCAUGGCAGACCGGGAGAAGCAGUAUCGGCUGCAGUCCACGCGAGGCAACCUGCUGCUGGAGCAGGAGAAACAGCGGAACUUUGAGAAGCAGAGGGAAGAGCUGAUGAAUGUGCAGAAGCUUCAGAGCCAGCUGAAGCUGGAGCAGCAGCGCCUGGAGCGGGAGAGGAGUCGACAGCAGAGGGAGUUUGAAAGCAAAGAAGCUCAGCUGCAGGAAAGCGAAGAGGGGACUCGGCAGCUGAGGGAGAAGGUGAAUCAGGAGAGGGAAGAGCUCGAGAGGCUGCGUGAGGCCUAUCAGCAUGACCUGGAGAGACUGCGGGAGGCUCAGAGGGCAGUUGAGAAGGAGAAGGAGCGUCUAGAUCAGCAAAGGAAGCUGAAGAAGCAGAACACGGUGUCAGGCACAUUCUCCCCAGAAAUGGGACAGAACCAGCUGCUAAGUCAUUCUGUUAGCUUCAAUGGAGAAGGGGUGGAACCCCCCGCACCCGCCUUCAAAACCUCUGUGCGAGUGAGUGUCUCCGGGUUGGAUUACCUGGAGCGGCCGGACUUGGUUCGCAGGGACAGCACCACCCUGGAGAAUCGCCCUGUUCUUGCACUGAAGAAUGAAGUGCCAAUCCAUCUCCUGAGUGCAACGAACCAGAUACAGAAACCAGCUGCAGUCCAGCAGCAGAUUCCUACCAAGCUGGCCACUUUUACAAAGGGAAGCAAAGAGAAAGGUGGGAAGAACAAAGCAUCUCAUAGGACAGACAGUUCAGCAUCCAUUGAUCAGAAGCAGCUGCUCCCCCCCAGGCUCAUUGGGCGAGAUGAGGGUGUCCUGAGAGGCAGACGGUCAGCAAGUCCGGUCCUCCUGAGCAGCCAGACCACUGCAUUCCAGCCAGAAUUGUACGGCCCUACAGAUGCUCAGCCAGAAGCACCUUCCUCUGCCUCAGCGAACCUGUUCAAGCCCAAUAACGUUCCUGUUCAGACCCUGGUCACCUCUCAGCCGAGUCUGUUAAACGUGCAAGAUGAUACCAGCAAAGAAGAUGUAAUUUUCUUCUAAUUGUUUCCAUUUAAAGAUUGAUCUUCUGACAUAACUGUUUCAAGAACUCAGGCCCCAGCGUGCACCGUGACAGAGACCUGACAUGGAUGUCUUUUCAUCCCUACCCCGUUACUACUAGCAAGGACCAGACCAGGAUGACUGUUCUACUUCGUUGGCUUCUCUGCCAGCAGCUCA